UGAACGCACAAGAGCCUCUAUGGCGCUAGAUUCCGGGCAGAUGGAUGCCACGCUUCCGUUGUGAUCUGAAGACAUAGUCUGAAUCUUACAUCCACAAGUUCUAUACAUUGUCCCGCGAACAAAUGAAGAACGUCAAUGCUGCUGACGGGAAUAAUUCGUUCACGCAUUGUGCAUGGACAACCGUGAAUGUCGCUUCCCUUGUCAAGCACUGGUUCCACCACCGCGCGCGCUACUUCAGCUUCCACCCUUACACACAGAGAAAGUUCGUCAUAAUCUCCCAGUGCGAGGAGUCCAGUCGGUGCACCAGACGAACGCUUGGGGAGUUGCCUGUAGCGUCGGUGACUCUCGAGCCUGGAUACGACGGAUUUGUCGACGAGGAGAAAACUCAUGGUGCACUACAGAGAAAUUGUGAGUGUACCUACGCUCCGCCCGUCCUGGCCCUCAAAGUAAUCGGUCUAGAAAUGCUCCCUAAAUAUGCCUCUCUGGCGAUGAUUAUUCUGCAUGAUCGUGUAUUUGAUCAUCUUCUGGGAAGAUUACCAAAGCGCCGUAGCCCAGAGGGAGUGGGAAUGGAGUAUGGAGGAAAGAAUAGGGUAGAUACGCCACUACUGAAGUCUGUGCCGUGUCGUUAGAUGCUUGCGAAUAAAUUCUAUUCGCGAUGUCGACAUUUUCCAGGUGUUUAAUUCUAUACCUUUGUACCCCUCAAAUACAAUUUAUCCCGACAUGAUAU